UGGAUUCCCGACUUCCGCGGGACGGGCAGUGGCAUCUGCAUCCUCGGGUUCGGGCUCGGCCAAGCGUUCUGGACCUUCUUCAUCAACGCGAUUCUCGACGCCUUUGCCGCGCCGCUCGACGUCAUCUUUUGGCUCGUCCUCGCGCUGCUGACGCCGCAGCUUGGGCUCUGCACGCUGCUGCUGCGGACGCCGCCGGCCUCGUUUGUCAUCCACGGCCACGACAUGCACGGCAUUCCGAUCGAGCGCGCACCGAACACCAACGUUGUCCAGGACGAGUACCUCAAGAUCGGUAUGACGCUCGUCAACUUCAACCUCGUGGACCGGUCCGCGACGUCGGCGCAGCAUACGACAUCGGCGGCCGUCGAAGGCACGGAGCGGCACUACUACGAGCAAGUGAAGGCGCUCUCGCUGGUGCAGUGCAUCUUUUCCACCGACUUUCUCUGCCUCUGCGUCGCGUUCGCCGCCAACUCGACGAUCGGCCUCACGUUUGUCUCGAUCGCGUCGCCCACAAAUCGCACCGACCCGACCAUCGCGCUCUACAACAUCUCUCGCGACGACGCCGCGCACCUCGUCACGGUCGGGUCGGUCGUCGGCUUUGCUGGCCGGCUCCUCGUGCCGAUGCUCUCGGACGUCAUCAUCCGCGUCUUCUACGCCAACCCGGCCUUCGCGCGCAAGAUUGUGUUCGUCUUGCUGCUCGCGGUCCAGAGCGUCACGCUGCCGAUCUUUGCCAACCGGUUCGACUCGUACAGUGCGUUCCAGUGGCUCAUCUGCACGGUCAAGGUUGUCAGCGGCGGCGGCAGCGCGCUCAUCGCGUGCUUCCUUACCGACAUGUACGGCGUCUACAACAUGGGCACGAUGUACGGACUCAUCUUGACGAGCUGGUCCUUGGGCCUUCUGCUUGUGAAAGCGCUCGUGACUGACGUCCUUGGGCCGAGCCAGCUCCGGGGGUACUGGGUCCUCUCGCUCGUCGGGCUCGUGCUCAUGGUGUUUGUGCGCACCGUCUCGAUCGACCGAUUCUACCACGGCUAUCAGUUCUCGAUGUUUGGCCGGAUCUUAGUCCAGAUCCCGUUCCGAACGCCUAACACGCAGUGGCGUAAGACGACGACGGACCAAGACGUGGUCAUACUCACGCCCAACCGCGGCUCGUUCUUCAUGUGGAGCUCGGACUCGGAGCGCAGCGGCCACGACAUCCGCGACAUUUAACCCACUACUCCAUAGUACACUUAAUUAUAUUACCGCAA